CGUUCUUCGUUUAUAACUUCAUUCAGAGUAACGAAUUUUCUUCUUGUUCAAGGUCUGUAAGAGCUACGCAACCAGCCAAUAUGGGGCGCAGACCAGCUAGAUGUUAUCGGUAUUGUAAGAACAAACCUUAUCCUAAAUCAAGAUUCUGCAGAGGUGUGCCUGAUCCCAAGAUACGUAUCUUUGAUCUUGGAAAAAAGAAAGCCUCUGUAGAAGAUUUUCCAUUGUGUGUGCAUUUGGUAUCGGACGAAUAUGAACAACUUAGUUCUGAGGCUCUUGAAGCUGGACGUAUUUGUGCAAAUAAGUACAUGGUGAAAAAUGCUGGAAAAGAUCAGUUUCAUAUUCGUAUGAGACUCCAUCCAUUCCAUGUUAUUCGCAUCAAUAAAAUGUUAUCAUGUGCUGGAGCUGACAGACUUCAAACAGGUAUGCGUGGUGCUUUUGGUAAACCACAAGGUACUGUAGCUAGAGUACACAUUGGACAGCCUAUUAUGAGUGUACGUUCAUCCGAUCGUCAUAAGGCGGCUGUAGUUGAGGCAUUGCGUCGCGCAAAAUUUAAAUUUCCCGGUCGUCAGAAAAUUUAUGUUUCAAAGAAAUGGGGAUUUACAAAAUAUGAUCGUACUGAAUAUGAAGACCUGAAAGCAGCGGGUCGUUUAGCUCCAGAUGGUUGCAAUGUCAAAUAUUUGCCAGAACAUGGACCUCUUGAACAGUGGAAGAAGUUUAGACAAGUUCUCGCAACUGCUUAAACAAAACAAUUGAAGCUUUUAUUUCAUUAAAUAAACUGAAAACAA